CAGUCAACCGUGACUAGUACUCUCAUCCCGCAAUUUCUAACACCUGCUUUCAUACAACACUCACUCGACUCGACGUCCGAUAAUCACCAUGUUCUCCUGUGCCAACUAUCCUCGUGGCUGCCGUGGCCGUGUGAACAUUAAUGGCGGCAAAUGCCCCGACUGUGUGCAAUUGAAGCUCCGUCACCCUCGGUCAACUUCCCCCUUCGCCCAACCCAGAGAUUACCGUCGAGCCCUGCCGUCGGAGAUCCUGAGCGACUCACCAUACAAGGAGAUGAUCGACCGCUGCGCAUGAUGAAUGACCUGAUGGCAACAUUGCGACGGGCAGGGGCGCAACG